AUGUCAACUACUCUCGACUCUCCUCUGGAUAUACCUCUUCUUUCUGCUUAUAUUAUCAAUAGCUACGUAGUUGCCCUCCAAUUCGGGAAAGAGGUAGACCUUGUCACGGUUUGGCUUCGUUAUGCUGGCUUAUUUGCCGUCCUGUAUGCCCUUACACGUAGCCUCAUGUGCUCGCUGUAUGGCAAAGCUGAUAGUUGUUUUCUAGGUAUUGUCAAUUAUAACUCUCACGGGUCUCCUCAUUAUAGGCGAAGCAUAGCUGAGUCAAGGGCACUGACCUGGUCUGUUUCUAUCAUAAAGAUGCAACACAUUGUUAGAGAUGGAAAAUGCAUGGACCAUCAAUAUUCUGCUGUUGGUUCUUCAAGCGGCAUGGUCCCGAUUGAUGAGCAUUAUGAAGAAAUCCUUGUAUUGGGAGUCCCGGGAUGUUAUGCCAAUCCAAUAGUCUUACCUUACUCGACGUGGGAUGGUCCAGUCAACAAUGCGAUCUCGUUGGCCUAUGAAGUGAUCCUGAUCAUUAUGGUCGCCUAUCGUUCAUUUUGGCAACUCAGAAACCAGAAAAAUCACAGUAGCUUGUUGGGAGUCAAGUCCAUCGCAGGUUUGCUCACCCAGCAAGGUCUAUUAUAUUUCAUAUUUGUCUUUCUGAUCGGGAUACUAAAUACACUUGGGGAUAAUUCCUCGCCUAUAUUUGACUAUGCGGUAACUAGAUUCAUAGAAAACGCAGGCACGGUUACACAGGCGAUAGUUUUGUACAUGUUGGGGCCGUGGUUCAUUCUCUCCAUGCGCGAUCCUAAAGCAAUCGGUUCAACCUCAAGCUCUGGACCCUCCAAUGAAAUGGUCAGCUCCGUUGACUUUAGAAGGCCGUCCGCGCUACCGAAUGACCCGGAAUCCUCGAUUCAAGAGGUCCCCGCGAACUAA